GCUUUAGUGUGUGUGGUGCGCGCGUGUGUGUUUAACGUUGGUGCCGUUGCCGCCGUCUCCGUCGCUCGUUUAUAUAAAUAGAGGCGUCCCGACGUCCGUCGUCGUCGUCGUCGUCGUCGUCGCCGAUCGCCGAUCGCUUGCUGCUGCUUGGCUAUCUGGCGCGCGCGAACGUCUUCCGUAACGCACGGCGGCGGCCCGGUCGUUUUAUUAUUAACGCGCGGCGUUCGACUCGCGUAUAAUACUCUAUCCGCGUUACCGUCGCGUCGGCAUCACAACAAUAUAUAUUAUAAUAAUAUACAGACGCGUAACGCGUCGUUACCCGUACGUGAUUAUAAUAUUUUAGUACAUAAAGAAUAAUAAUAAUAAUAUACCUACGUAGUCUCGCGCGCCGCCGCACUACGACUGCGGUACAUACGAAUAAUACCGUUACAGACGUCGUCACGCCGAUAACGUUCGCCGGGGACUUACGCCGACCGGUGCAAUUGCAGUGUAUCAUCGUUCGCGCUUUCCCGUCAACGCACCCGACCCGUCGCGUACCCACUCGCCACCCACGCGGCGCCUGUAAACACGCGCGUUGUCCGACGUUCCCGAGCCGCGAUAGUGGUCCGUCGCCGGCCGACGGUGGUGUACGAUACAUCGCGUUAUUGGUGCGUGUUGGAGUACCGCCGGCCACGAUCUCGAGUCCACGCGGCCGCAUCACGCCACUGCGGUAGUUUUCGACGAGGAAUAUUACUCCAAGCGUUGCCGUCGAGGCGGAAUACUUCAAGCAUACUGCGGGUGGUGAUCGGAACACGCAGCGAUCUCGCGUCGUCGUCGUAACGAUAUAUGGAGACGGGUCGACGUCACGCGACGACCGUGCGCCGAGACGGUGAUGGUGACGGUGCAGUGAUCGCAACCACCACGACCACCACCAACACCAUCACCACGUCGGCGGCGGCGACUGCACGGUGCAGCUGGUGACGGCGACGACGACGACGACUGCUGUAAAGGUUCGUCCGGUGCAGUCUCGCGCGGCGGUCAUAAAGGCGUUAAAUGUCAUCGGUUCCGGCGGAGCGGGUUUCGGAAUUAUGUUGCCGCUGGUGGUCGUCGUGGGACAACGUAGUAGUGGUCCGGCGCUGUGUAUUGCGGUGUUAUUAAUAAUUUCAAAAAAAGUAUUUGGAUUAGAUUCGGAUCCAAUCGAUGGUAAUGUUUCAUUAACAACUACUAUUAAUUAUGAUAUACCGGUUCAAGACAUGGCGUCCGAAACUUUGAUGGGUAGUUCACCGUGUCAACAGUUUGAAAUAGAUUUCGAGUUCUACUCUCCGGGUUAUCCUCAACCUUAUCCCAAUAAUACAGAAUGUAUCAGAUUGAUAGAAGCUGGCCCUGGAGAGAUUAUUGAACUAGACUUUAGGGACUCGUUUACCAUUGAACCAAGUAUUGGGUGUAAACACGACCACCUGGAAAUUCGAGAUGGCCCGUACGGAUAUUCAGUUCCAGCGUAUUACUACUGCGGAAAUCAGUUCCCGCCGAAAAUAAUUUCGUCGGGCAAAUACUUAUGGUUGAGAUUUCGGUCGGACGAAAAUAUUGAAUAUGAAGGAUUUCACGCCGUUUACAAAUUCAUUAAGAAACCCCCACCAGACAUAGAGAAAUCGGAGCUUCCGCCGUGUCGUAAAUUUGUGGACGGUUCACAGGGGUACAUAAAUAGUACGGAGGUUGACGAUUUAAAGAAUAAAACCCUCAUGAACCAAGUGCCUUUGGACUGCAUGUGGAUAAUACAAGUAAAACCGGGCUGGAAGAUUCAGCUUAACUUCAAAGAAUUUACUUUAGAAAAACCCAACGAUUGCGGAUUGAACGUGGUGGAGAUUUUCUCAAACCGCACAGACAUGGCUUCGCGGCUCAAGGUGUUUUGUGGAUCGAUAGCCGAAAUGGUUCAAUCGCAGGGCAACACGUUGCACGUGCGAUUCUUGGCAGAGGGGAAGGGAGUGAAAUCGAAGUUCUCGGCACUUUACACUGCGUACCGUACCAAGACUAAAGACGAAGCGUGCGGUAAUGAUCAGUACGAUUGCGAAGACUUGACGUGUAUUGCGUCCGAAUUACGUUGCAAUCAAGUGGAGAAUUGUCGUUUUCGAUGGGACGAAGACGGGUGCCCGGAAGAAGACAACAGAUUGAUGCAACUGUUUUCGAGUUUUGAUAUAAUAGUGAUUUUGGUAGUGUUUUUUUUAAUUCUAUGCGGCAUGUGUUCAGCAUUCAUUACCAAUAUUGUCCGAAAACUUGUGCACGAUCACCGAAUUAUAAAAGAACAUAUGCGCCAUUCAAGAGAAGAUCAUUUAGAUCAAAUUGGAAGAAUAAAUGUAACAGACGAACAAUCACUUGAAGAUUCUGGCCCACAAGGACAUGACUAUCCACAAAGUGACAACAGUAGUCAAACCACUAACCUAAUCCAGAGCAAACAUACUAAUAACAUAUCUAGUUCUGAUUGUUAUGUUCCAUCGGGUGACCUUAUUCCAGUGUUAAUGAAGCAUGACCCUCCUCGCCUUUAUCCUUCUGUUGAAGACGAAGAAGGUGAUGGAUUGAUGAGUUCCUAUCCAAUAACGGCUGAAACCAAAGAUAUUGAGUGUCAAACUAGAGAGAGCCUUUUUGACACUUCCGUUGUACCAAAAACUGCUGGCCACUAUAGAGUAAGACCGUCAGAAUCACCUUUCAGACAACCAUUAGGAUUUUCUACUUUUGGAUAUCGAAAAGAUUCAGAUAGUUCCGCUGAUGCAAAGCCAUCAAAAUUUAGGGCUGAGGCCGUUAUUGAAAUGGAUAAGUUUUCAUCUGAACUAAGUCAAAGGCCUUACAGUAUUGAAUCAACUAAAUCAGCUCCAGACGUCAUAGUUAUGCACUGACUAAUAUACAAUUGUAUACAAUAUUACUAUUAUUUUAGUUAAUUAAAGUAAGCUUGUUGUUAAGAAAAGCCAAAAAUUAAACAAAAUGCUCAAAUAAUGAAUUGGACUAAAAUAAAAUUAAUUAAUAGUCGUGGGAGAUAAUGUACAUUAUAUCUGAGUACAAUUGAUAUUUUCAAUAAAUUAAAAAUAAAUAUUUUUAAAAAUUGUUCUGAGAUUUAACAAUUA